AUGACUCCAUCAGAACAAGAAGAAGAAAUAUCCCCGAAACAUCUGCCAAAGCAACAACUGCAAGAUAUAACCAAUGACAAUGACGUUGAUAGUACUGCGUUAUUGAAUAGUGUCAGUGUCUCAAGUGAGCUAAGUUACUCCACUAGUCAAAGACGUAAACUGUUAACCAAAAAACCAAUGGAUCCUUCUUUAUUAACUCCAGAAUAUAUUGAAGAACAAAGAAGAUUACGUAACUUACGUAAAGAACAAGAACGUAAAGAAAAAGAAGCCUUAGGGUUAAUUCCUAAACAAGAUGAAGUUAAAGAUCCUUUUAUUAAACGUCCAUUACUUGAAGUGUCUAAACCUGACCCAGAAAAGGGUCCAAUUAUAAGAAUCAUGUCUUAUAAUAUUUUAGCUCAAACUUUAAUUAGAAGAGAAUUAUUUCCUACAAAUGGUAAGAUUCUAAAAUGGUCAAUUCGAUCUCAAGUAUUAUUAGCUGAAAUAAAGCAUUAUAAUGCUGAUAUCUUAUGUCUUCAAGAAUUAGAUCGAUUACAAUUUAAAACCUUUUGGAUAACAGAAUUUGAAAAAUUGGGUUAUACUACCAAGUUUUAUCGUUUUAAUACCAAGAAUCAUGGAGUUGCGAUAGUUUUUAAAUCAAAUUUAUUCAUUUGUAAACAUCAAUCAUUUAUUAAAUAUGAUCAAGAUAUAAUUCAUGAACCUAAUGAAAAGAAAUUACCUGGAGCAAGAAUUGUAACUAAUAAUGUUGGUUUUAUGGCAUAUCUUGAAUUUCAACCUCAUUUAAUUAAACAAUUCCCCAAUUUAGCGAAAAGAAAUGGAAUAAUUAUGGGAAAUACUCAUUUAUUUUGGCAUCCAUUUGGUACAUUUGAAAGAUGUAGACAAACUUAUAUGAUUUUACAUAAAUAUAAAGAAUUUGCUCGAGUUUUAAGUAUUAUUUUGGGGAAUUCAAAGGGGUUUUAUUCAUUUUUUGCUGGUGAUAUGAAUUCAGAACCGUUUGAUGCUCCAUAUCUUUCAAUCACGGCCAAACCAAUUACUUAUAAGGGGCAAACUAAGAAUGUUCUUGGAUGUUCUUUAUCUUAUACAUAUUCUAAAAUUCGUGCAUUAGAUGAAGAGGGAGAGAAGCAUCCUAAUGAUAACACAAAGCAUCGUAAUGUUGACACCAAGAAUAAUAAUCAGGACAACAACAACAAUGAAGAGGAUGAUAAUGACGAGGAAGUAGAAGAAGAUGAAAGAAGAGAAGAUGUGGAAGAUGUACAACGAAAUAAUCCAACAAAUCCAGAACCAGAAGUAUUCAACCCUACUCCUGAACAAGAAGAAUUAAUCCAACAAUUACAAGAAGCUCAUAAUUCUCUUGAUAUUAGAGCUAUUUCAUUAUAUUCCGCCGGAUAUAAAUUAGUUCAUCCUGAAAAUUCCGGAAAUAAUAAUGAUCGAAAUGAACCUAAUUUUAGUAAUUGGGUUGGAGUUUGGAAUGGAUUAUUGGAUUAUUUAUUAAUAUUAACAAAAUGGGAUGUUAAAACUGAAGAUUAUUCAUCCCAAGUUGAUACUCCAGAAGAAAUUGAACUGAGAUGUAAUGUUAAAUUAUUAAAAUUAUUGAAAAUGCCUUUGGAUAAUGAAAUGGGUCCACAACCUAAUGGACAACCUAGAAUUAAUCAAUAUCCUUCCGAUCAUCUUUGUAUUAUGGCAGAAUUGCAGCUUUUAUAA